AUGAUCAACUUUUUGUUGUUUUUAGGAAAUGUGAUCCAGUCAUCGAGCUUCUUGGACGCUUUGGGUGGAUCGACGACGGAAAAGGAAAAGAAACGACCACGAAUAGUGAAUGAAAGGAAGAAAAGACAAUGGAGUGAUGAGGAUCUUUUGCAGUGUUUGUUGUAUUCAAAUCUCGGGAAUCCAGAUGCAGAGAAUUUGUUGGAGAAAGCGGUAGUGGAAUACAUGGAAAUGGACCAAAGAGCCCACCGGAAGGCAGGACGCAUACACCAACCUCAUCACUACGUCCAGAAAGGAUCACCAAGACCAGAUUUGCCGAUGAUCACAGUCGACCCUUGUCGAUGUGCGUUACUUCGAGUCAAUGCCAACACGCUUACUCAUGAGCAGAUUCGGGCAAUGGAGGUGCAAAUGGAGAAGAACGCUUUGGGAAAACACGGCCCCGCCGCUUCAGCUAAAUCGAAAAUGAAACAAGAAUUUCCGGGGGAUGAUCCAGGGGAGGGAUACACCAUGGAUGCAGUCGGAAAUAUCGAGAAUAAAGUA